AUGGUAUGUAUUUAUGAGUUACUUCAUCUACUGUAUAUUGUAAAGCAUAAUAUUGUCAAACAAAUGAAUACGAAACGAAACGUAAAUGCCAAAUGGCAUGCAAACGUACACAAUGAAAGCUUACAUUUGUAUAUGUACUUUUUAAAAUUCAGCUCUAAACUUAUUGCAGAAUUAUAUUAAAUACAAAUUUAGUUCAAAGAAUAUUCCAAACUAACGUUCAUGAGGUUUGACUUGGUAGUUGGUAUUGGGGUUGGAGUGUUUAUAUUGCUCAGUUGUACUGGAAGCAGACAAUUAAUUUAAUAUUAUUAUUAUCAUGGCAAUUUUGUUUAUGUUUCUUGCCUUUUGAUCUACUAAACCUUUCUAUCGUUGUUUGUAUAUAUGCAGCUAAUUUAAUUAAGGAUAAGGCCUGAAGGGUUAGGGGCAAGGUGUUCUCGGGUGAAACUACUUACAAGCGCUGGGCAUUUCAACCUCUCAACGCAAUGUCCUCUCAGCGCAACGCCCAUGUCUCCCCCCUGCAUCUACUCCUGUUUCAUACUGAUUUUAUAAUUCCUUAUGAAUGCAUUUCAUAUCACGGCAUUUUUCAAAGGGGGACAUUAUACAACUAUCAACUAUCGUACAACUAUCCUUUCUAAUGCUGUUAUAAUUUAUAAAUUAUAUAAUAUAUUGCUCGCGUUCUUCCAAAGGUUCAACAUUUCUAAUGCCAAAGUAAUUCGCACCUCCAUAUAACUGGCGUUUGUAACGCCCUCCAAACACGCCAUACGGCCUAUACUGUAGUUCGCUUACUUCACUUUCAUGAAGGCGGUUUUCAUUGCUAGGCGACGCUUUCCGACAGUGCCGAUCGCUACAUUUCCUGAUCGUCGGCGGGCAUCGCAGGCAGGCAAUUUUCACUACGUAUAGAACUGUCUCUAGUUCGUCUGCUAUUUUCCGCGUUGUUUUCAUGACUCAGCGAGAAGUUCAUGCGUGUAGAGAAGCCGAACACGGAACAGUGUUUUAAUUUGCUUUAUCAUCGCAGACUGUCAUCUGCUACUACCGUCGACUGCUGUCGCAACAAGACGUCUUUUAUUUAUCACGACUGUCUCGAUAGGCCGCGGUUUCAUUUGUCGUAAAUCGCCCUGCGAUGCUCGCCGACGCAAAUUUCGGAACUGUUGACGGUCGAACUCGUUAUUUAUGGUCAUUUUUAUUGUCCGCAUCUAACUCUUCCCUUGCCAGCAUAUAGUAACGCUGCAUGGCUCAAAUGCAUACGAUUGUAUCCAUUGAUUGUAUCCAUUGAUUGUAUCAUAGAUUGCAUUCGCAUUCGAUUGUAAGUUAAUUCAUAUCUUCGACGGGUACUCAAUAAAAUGGUUUUGUCAAUAACACGAGCGGAGUGCAAUACACGAAGAAUGCCGUAUAUAACUGCGCGAGAGGAUGCGACUUUGUAUGCUCAUAUCUUCGGUUCAGUGCACAUGAGUCUUAGUCAUUAUCAACAUUGUAGCGAUUUAUGGCCUUUGAAAGUCAAGCGAGAUCGCAUGUUAAUAUCAAAUUACACAAUUGUCUGAACAAAAAUAUAACUUCGGCCUCUUUAAUAGACGUAUCUUCAUUGCAAUGUUCUUGUUCGAAUCAUUAUCAAUAAUUAAUAAUGUGGAGUGUUUAUAUUUUCGAGAUUGUAUCUUCAAAUUUGUAUCUUUUAGUUUUAUCACGGUAUAUAAAAAUUCCGAUUUCUGGCCCGACUGUAAGCUACUAACAACAAUAAACUAGCAAUCCAAACCGGAAAUACAAUUUUAAAACGUCAACAAAGCGACGUUUGUCACGUUGUACUUGUGCUUGUGUUUGUGUUUGUGCUAUGACUCUGGAAAUGCCAGAAAUCGAUUCCAAAGGUCAGAAUGCACAUCUAUACUUUUAUCUGCUCAAUGCCUUUUAUUUCCCAGUGCUACUAUUCUAUUCAGCAGAUGCAUGUCCGCCACAGCGGACCUGUGUUUAGGUUUAGAUAUAGGUAACGAGAACCAAAUUGGUGUUCUAGUAAUAAUUUUAUGCCACAAUAGUCCCUAAAAAUGUAGUGUGAAAUAUGAUAGUGUGAUGGCCUCAUGUUGUUGGCACAAUGUUUGCCUGUGAAAAACAGUGUUGUAUUUAAUAAAACUGAGGAAAAAAGAUAAAAAAAAACCACUUGUAUUUGUAUACUGAAGUGUGAACCUGAGAAACAUAAGUGCAUAUAGGUGUGUGUAUUUGCCUCGCCGACGGUCACGGUUCAACAUCUGAGAGUGUCGUCCUAUAGAAUAUUAAUUUUUAACACUUACAGAUCAGUUGGUCAAAGUUUGCAUGGUGGCAAUAGACAAUUCCAAUUAUAAACUAAUUUUUAUCUUGGCAAAAAAGUAUAUUCUCGGAAGGAGCGUACUAAAAUGAGUAAAAUUGCAAAGUUUGGUUGCAAAAAUGCAAAAUGUUGUAAAAUGGUAGCAAUUUCCGCACGCAAUACAAAAGUAUACAAAAUUUGCAAACUUUGCAAGGCUAUAUUUUACGCAUUUUACAACAUUUCGCAACCACACUUUGCAAUUUUACUCAUUUUUGUAUAUGCUCUUUCUAGCUGUGGUGAUCUCCUUGCUUAGUUUUAAAAUUAGUCUAAUUGGAAUUGCCUAUUCUAUUCUAUUCUAUUAAUAUAAUUUCGAUUGCUGUUUAAACUAUCUACAGAAGUGGCAUCAUGAUAACGUUUUUAAUGCAUUGUUGGCAAAAGUUGAGAUGACAAAGUUGUACGUAGGAAUGGUUCGGUUAUAUCACAGUUAAUAACUGUGGUAAUAUGGCAUAAGCGAGUCCAAGUACCGGCCCAUAGGAUGUUGUACAUGAAUCGGAUCAGACUUCUCAGACGGCUACCUCACGAAUCAAAACAGAAAGUAAAUUAUAUCACUGAAUGAUGUCGAUUUCAAGAAUAAAUUUGCUUCAAUAUAGACUCUAACCAAAUUUAAUACAGUUGUCAACAUAUAUCUCUACCACGAAACAUUUCUUUCAUAUUUAAAAUUCUCGAACACAAAAAAAUUGUUGCGUAAUUAGUAAUUAUGUGUUAAUAAUUAAUAAAUGACCAAACGUUAUUUCUGUCCAAUUAUGCACAGGAGACCAAUUUGGAAGAAGAAAGGACCUUUGCCAAAUAUGCAGCAAAGAAAUUUCAAAGCUUUCAUACCUGUACUGCUGAGAAAAAACCGCUACAUCAACCUCUACAUCACUUUAAAACUGUUCUGGAUAAAGAUGUAAGUUAAAUUUUUUGCAGAUUUUGUAUAAAGAGCCGAUUUAAAUAAUAAUAGCUGAAUAUUAUAAUCUCUUGACACUUGUUCACACUGUUUAAAAGGUGAUUUAUUAAUACUUUUACAAGGCAGAAAGUAUCGUUUCAGCAUGCAAGCACCCGCGGAUAUUUUGGGCCACCACUUUGUUUCUUGUGUAGUUGGGUCAUAAAAUCCUGGCAUCCCACUGUUCUCAGCUUCAAUUUUCAGUUCUACCUUUGAUUCAUGCCGGUUUUCUUUUCGGUUUACUGAUAUAAUGAUAUUCAAGUACGAAACAGUGCAAUCUCCUAGAAUAAAAUAAAAAUAGAAUAAAACAAAAAUAAAACAAAAUAGAAUAAAACAAAAAUAAAACAAAAAAAUAAAACAAAAAUAAAACAAAAAUAGUACGUACAUCUCUCAAAAGUGUAAAUAAGCAACAGUGAAGUGGGAAUUUUGCAUAUCAGCUUGAAUGCCGAGAAGCUGGUAGACAUCUCCAUAGAGAUUAUAAAAGAAUUUGAGGAAGCAUUACGGAAUAAAUUUAGUCAAACACAAGGGAAAUUAUGAAUUAUAGGGGAAAAUUCAUGUGCUAAAACCAAGAAAAGUUAUUCUUUUCAUCAUGUGGCUUCAAUUCAAAUGCCUUCAAGUAUUGAAAAUUUAAUUACCUGAAUUUUUCAGAACAUUCCCGAAAAUUUCACACUUUACGAAUUCCUGAUUGGGGGGGGGGGGGCACCGGCACAUUUUUGGGCGCCCCCUUUAACUUGACGCCGAGUACAAUUUUCCACUUUUAAUCCCUCCCCCCUCUCCUCCUCUGGGCGGCCCUGGUCUUCACUGUUUUACUAUACUUGUGAAAAAACUGAGGCCGCUUUGAAUUAUGGGAAAAUUGACAAAUUUUGAACCAAAGGGGGCCCCCAAAUUAAGGCCAACGAAGCAAACUCCGCCCUUCAACACCGAAAUAAACCCAUUUUAAAACAUUUCCACCGUUCCAAAACUUGUUUUGCAUUAUAUUCUUGUUGAUUUAAUAAAGUCAAGGUAUUCUUUAGUCAUUGCUUUAACUAUACUACUACUAGAAAAAGUCGAAGUUUCCAAAGCUGUUUUAUUUCUGUCGCUAUGCCAAAACAGCAUUCGCCCGGGAACGAGACUUCACAUCCAGGGAAUAAGAUUUUAUCCAAUCAAAUAGCGUAAUUUGUCCCCAUCAGGAAGCUUCAAUUUGUUUCUGGACUUUUCCCGCAAUCAAUGUCCACUCUAUCCUUUUAUAAAAUCUCUAUGGGUAUACCAGCAAAUUGUAAUUAACAAGGACUCUACCACUUCGCAUGCAAGGUGAUGGUUGGGUAGUUUAAUGUUGUUUAAACAGUUGAUGGAGGGGUCGUUUAAUGAAUUUGAAUUGUGUGGUAUAAAUGUUACUAUAAUUGCAAUUAUAGACUGCUCGUGCAAUUUCGUUAGCGAUAUUUCGUUACACUAAACAAGGAGGGCAACCGCAAGGUGCACUUCUCAAUCAGGUAAUAUACUUUUGUUUUUGGUUGUUUUCUUUGUCAUUACAUUUACAGUUAAGCCUGGUUUCCAUAUGGUCGUAACGGUCGUAAAGAUCGAGUCACGAUCUUUCUCAUCAGCCGAAAUAUAACAUUUUAGAACUGAAAAUACGCGGAGUGAUUAUAACUAGAGAAUACUUAUGAUUUAUAUGUGGUUUACAGGUAUAAACUGGGCGUUUUUACGACCAUUAUACGACCAUAUGGAUACCAGGCUUUAGAAUUUAAGCUUUUUAAUAUAGGAAAGAUAAUUAGCUCUUGCCUGGAAGGUUGAUAAAGGACGCAGAGCUGUAAAGCAACUGCUCAUUAAAUAUUCAGGAAUAAUACUAAGAUGCAACGGUUUCCUUUCACGAACCGCAUUCCUGCGAGAUGGGCUAUACUGCAGUUUUCGCAACUGCUCCCUGGUUAGGUCUAAAAAUACAUAUCUAUUUGCGUUCGAAAACAUUUCAUCCACGAAAACCCAUCUACAAUAUCAGUCCUUUCAAACGGGGCGCCCUAAAAUCUCGAUAUUUAUAACAAUUAUUGGCGAGGUGAUUAUCGGGCAAUAUUCACCGAGACGAAGUAACAAAAAUUGUAAGAGGUUUCCGGAUAUGAUGUCAUUAGGUGAAUUGCAAAUUAGUUUCCUUUGUUUUUUGUACCAAAAAUUCACCUAAUGACAUCAUAUCCGGAAACUUUGACAGUGAAAAAGUUGACCAAGAUCAGGUUUUGUACUGAUAAAGAUAUAUUACAAAUCUUCUUAGAAUGACACAAAUAUUACUAAUACCAAAACUUAUAAUUGGCCAUGGGGUUAGUCGCACUUUAAUCUUCAUCAACCCAUAAUGCAAUCUAGUGUUCACAGUGUCCUAUGUCUCUAUAUAAAAUCAGUAUAUUAUUAUUUUUCGUUACAGCCUAUUUUUAGAGAACUAAUAAGUGGGCUUAAAAAGGGCAGUAUAGAUGGAAAAUUUAGCCCUUACUCGUUCUUUCAACGCUGGAAAACUACAGACCUCGACAAUGUUCAGUUCAUUUGUGGUCUUGGAAUUUUAGGUUCGCAAAUGAGGUAAAACGCGAAAAAUUAAAUUUGAUAUAUCUUUUCCAUAUUAUGGCCACAGCUAUUAGCUAUAUUUGUUUCAAAACUAUACAAAGAUAUGUUUAGAGUAGUCGCUUUACAUUAACUGACGCAUGAUUUUAGAGUUUUAACUGGCACCUUUUGGUGGUUGUUUUGUAAAUAAACUGUGAAAAUAUGAUUAGAGAAAUAAUGUUGCAUGGAAAGGGGAGAGGAGGAUCUAACUUGCACCUAAUCCCCUCACGUGUGCGAUGAUAAUUCUAGCUUGAGAGAGGCCACCCCUCUCAAGUUCAGAUUCGCAUUAUUGAUGGCUUCAACCCUUUCAAAGACAAAGUUGACGAUCGGAAAUUGCAUGCGUGACACCGUUACCAUGACACUGUUGGCUCAGUUUACAGUUUUUCGUUUUCGCGUUCUUCUUUUUGCUUUAUCUUCACUUUAUAAUUUCAACAUAUACUUAGGCUCGAUCUGUUUGUAUACGUUUACAGUAGUUUUCCUUAUUCAAGCGUUUCGUAAUAAUAUUGUUUUAAGACUUUUAAAGCCUUUUUUAAUUACCAUGAAUUUUUUGCGAAGAAAUCACGAACUUUGUCGACUAAUUGAUGAAAUAAUUUAGUUGAUUUAAUAAUAAUUCGGAAUUCAACACCGCGUAAAACCUAAGCAUGUUCAGGUAAGGUAAAUUGCCUUGCCUUUGGUGUCAAUAUUUGGCUGCAAUUUCCGAUCGGUGGCCUAUAUAUAUACGGAAAUGUUUCGCUAUACCUGUCCAAAUCUGAAAACAUUCUCCAUAAUGGUAACGAUGAGUAGACGCCCAUGCAUAAAAGACAUCUACAAACUUUACUUAGUACGUAGAAUUUAGUUGAAAGUCAUCAGGCGCAAUAGUUGUCGCACAAAUAAAGUAACUUUUGUUGAAGUGUAUAAAAUAUAACAAAAUUUCUUUCUUCAUUGCAUUAGGGAUGAAAUAUUUUGCCAGAUUUAUAAGCAAAUUAAUGGAAAUUCUUCAGAGAAAGUUCGAAAAGUGGCCUGGUCUCUUUUUGCGUGUUGCCUGACUUCAUUUCCUCCUUCCGGCGAGGUAACAUUUACAAUAGAAAAUGAAUGUUCGUAGCAAUAUAAAUAAAUUUUGAAACUCAUGACGAAAACACCAAAAAGACCGUGAAGGCGUUUGUAUAGCUCUCUGAUACAAAAUUAUGCUGUUUUACCGAUAAACGUUUAAGUUCAAUUUUCUCAUCAAAUAUCAUUCCUUUAUUUUAAAUUGUCAAUACGAAUUAAGUUUUCAUCAAGACGUUUGAUUUUUACAACACGGAGAUAUGUUGUAAGUAUAGUACUAAAUUAAAAAUUAAUAAUGUGUAGAGGAAACAGACCGUGUAACAGGACAGAAACUAUAUAAACCGUAUAUAGUUGCACGUAUAUUGAUUGAAGAGAAAAAGAUGACAGGAGAAAAAGGCCUGGCUUCUAUGACUAAACGCCGUUCAAUUUUCGGACGUAGAAUCUGACUGGUUAGCAUGCACCAUGAACCAGGCGCGAUGUUUACAAUUAUGAACUCGAAACCACUAGCCAAUCAAAACACUAACGGACAAUAAUUCGACACAUGUGAGAAAAAUCGUCUCCGACUAAUCGAAACGCUGGGACGAUAAAUUUCACAUCUUUAUUUCACCAGCUAUUGCACGGAAAUCUCUAUACUUAUAAAAUAAACAAAAAAUCUAUUUGCGUACGCGUGUGCACAUUCAUGUGGUACUCGGUUUGAACAAGUGAACUAACUUGACGAAUUGAAAUUUUCUUGCAUUUUCAAAUUCGUCCGGUUUUGCGUUCUGCCAGAAAUACACAUGCUGUCCCGUGAAGAGAAUUUUAUUCGUCUUUUAUAUUUAAUUUAGUUUUACCCAUAUCUGAUCAGCAUUUUGAAGUCAGCUCCACAGGAAGAUUGGGCGUAUUGCACUGAAAAACUUCGAAGAACACUUCUUAAUGGAAAAAGAAAUGAACCUCCAUCAUCGUACGAAUAUCAGGUUAGUUUUUAUAUGUCCACCUACAUGAUAUAAAUGUCAGGAUUCGGAAUAUCGAAAUUGUUGAGUCGUGAAAUGCAAUUCGACCGGGCGCAAUGCAUCAUUCAUUACUCAUGCAUUAGUGAGUUUACGCAUAUUUAAUACAGUUUCGAAUGGUUAAAACAGAGUUUUACCCUUCUGAACAAUUUUGAUCACCUCUCAGCUAGUAAAAAUACCUGCCACGGCUUGAGAUGGUCGCGUAUUAUAUGAGACGUGAAAUAUGUAUUUUGUCCUUGUUAACAGAGCUUGGACGACUUGUAAUUAAUCCCCUAAUAGUAUGGGCUGUAAACUAUUAUUUUCUUUUGUGCUAUAUUAUAUUUUACUGUCAUUAAUAUUGUACUGAGAGUGGUUGUCUUCCCGUUGUCGACUUCCUUGAAUGUGUAAGCCUAUUAAAACCUGAAGCAAGCAAGAACAAUUUUCAAUAUUACGUAUUAUAUAAUACCUUAUUGAAUUCUGAUCGUUUAAUUGGCUGUUUAUGGUCACAUGAUAUUGAAUAGAAAAUUCCAUUUCCCAAGAGUGCAAUGGAAUACGUUCCAUUGCACUCUUGCGAGUGCAAUUGUACUAUACGUUUUAUUCCAUUGCACUCUUUGUGUUUUCGAUAAAUCGCAUCCGUCAAAAUGCUUCUCGUACGAUGAUCGCAGUUUAUUUUAACCCGAUAUUCGAAACUCAGUAAAUGGGAUUGAAUGCAAAUACGACUCGUCAAAAUGGCGGGAGCUUAUAGUAAACCUUUUAAUAUUGAGUCUAUUUUGGUAUUAUAUAAAACAAAUAAUGAAUGUUUUUAUGAGUGCAAUGGUAAGAAUAUUUUCAUUCGGUGAAAGAUGGAAUGUUCCAUUCAACUCGGCUGUCGCCUCGUUGAAUGGAACAUUCCAUCUUUCACCUCAUGAAAAUAUUCUUACCAUUGCACUCAUAAACAUUCAUUAUUUGUAUAUUGUAGCAUGCUUGAAAAAUCAAACUUCUGUAACCAACAUCUUUUGUAAUUUCAGGCAAUCAUAAAUCAAGCUUCGAUUAGCAUUGCAGUACAUCUUCCCAGCGGGCAAUCUUGCAAACUAACCUUGGACUCGGCUACUACAGGCCUUGAAUUUAGGAAACAAAUAAAAGCAGCGAAAAGAAUUGUGGAUUUAUUCGGGUUUGCGUUCUAUGUUAGCAUUGGUAGAGAGGUUCGUUAUUUGUUUAUUUUAUUUUCUCUAUUUAAUUUCAUUGAAAAUAAUUGACGUAUAUAUAAUAUAUAUAUAUUAUACGACCUACCAGUGGCGGUGGAACGAAAAGACCCACUGGGGAUGAGAAAGAUUUUACAACAAUCACACCUCUUGGCCGCCCAGGUUGACGAUCUUGGCAAGAUCUUAUCAAGAUCUUACCAAGAUCUUACCAUGAUCUUGCCAUGAUCUUACCAUCAUCUUGCCAUGAUCUUACAAAGAUCUUGUAUAAAUCCUGCAAAUUCUUGCAAGAUCUUUGUAAGAUCCUGCAAGAUCUUGCCAUGAUCUUGCCAUGAGCUUACAAAGAUCUUGCCAUGAUCUUACGAAGAUCUCGACAUGAUCUUGCCAUGAUCUUACGAAGAUCUCGCGAUGAUCUUGCCAUGAUCUUACAAAGAUCUUUCCAUGAUCUUCCCAUGAUCUUACGAAGAGCUUGCCAUGAUCUUACGAAGAUCUUACGAAGAACUUGCCAUGAUAUUUCCAUGAUCUUACGAAGAUCUUGCCAUGAUCUUAUGAAAAUCUUGCUGUCAAUUCUGCUUAAAUCCUGCAGGAUCUUACCAUGAUAUCGUUAUGAUAUUGCAGUGAUUUGUCAUGUCCCUGCCAUGAUUUUGCCAAAAAUCCUACAGGUUCUCAAAAUCCAGCCAU